ACCGAGCGCAUUCCUCAUGAAGACUUGCAGCCCUCCCCACAGCGAGUGCUGAUGUGAAGUGGAGCCACUGAUAUAGCCCACAGGCUCGUGGAUAGAUUUGGAAUUGCUGAUACCGAAGAAGGAUUUUUCAACAGUUUUCCUCUUUCUGGAUACGAAACCAAGUUAAGCGAAGUUGCGGCAAAACAGAGUCCCAAUCCAAUCUCCUCCUUACGCCAACCGGUGUCAAGCCUUCGGAGGGGGUGGCGGGGUUUCUGCGAGGACGCUGACGUCAUGAGGCCCUUCCUCCGGCCGCUCCUCCUCCUCUUCCUGCUGUCCGCCCGGGCGCUGACCAGCGACUGUCCCCAGGACUGCUCCUGCCCCGACCAGGCCUCCAUCUUCUGCUUCCAGCGCCGCUCCGCCUCCGUGCCUCUGGGGCUCCCGGGCGCCACCAAGAACCUGUACCUCUUCCAGAACGGCAUCAGCAGCCUGUCGCGGGACGACUUCGCCGGGCUGGACCAGCUGGCCAUGCUGGACCUGAGCCAGAACCAGCUGUCCCAGAUCCCGGACGGGGCCUUCCAGCUCCUGCCCGCCCUGCAUAACCUGGACCUCUCCAGCAACCUCAUCGCGCAGGUCUCCCGGGAGAGCUUCUCCGGGCUGGCGCUGCUGCAGCGCCUCUAUCUCCACGACAACCGCAUCCAGAGCAUCCACCCGGAGGCCUUCCAGGGCCUGGACCGGCUGCUGGAGCUCAAGCUGCAGGGGAACCAGCUGAGGGGCCUGCCGGCCCUGCGGCUGCCCAGCCUGCUGCUGCUGGACCUCAGCCACAACGCGGGCCUCCCCCCUCCGGCGGCCGCCGACCUCCAGACGCCCAACCUGGAGACCCUGAAGAUGGCGGGGCUGGGCAUCUCCCAGCUGGAUGGCGAGCUGCUGCGGUCGCUGGGCAACCUGCACGACCUGGACGUGUCGCGGAACCAGCUGCGGGAGGUGCCGGCGGCGCUGGGCGAGGCGGGCCGCGGGCUGACCUGGCUCAGCCUGGCGGGGAACCCCAUGGGCCAGCCGGGGCCGCGGCCCGAGGACCUGCAGAACCUGCGGGGCCUCCUGGAGCUGGACCUGAGCGGCCUGAACAUGCAGAGCCUCCCCGAGGCCUUCCGCCACCUCUUCCCCCGGCUGCGCGUGCUCACCGCCGCCGAGAACCCCUUCAACUGCCUCUGCCCCCUGGCCUGGCUGCCCGGCUGGCUCCGGCAGGGCGCCGUGCAGCUGGGCCGCCCCGAGGAGACCCGCUGCCACUUCCCGCCCCUCAACGCCGGCAAGGUCCUGGCCAGGGUGGAGCGCGCCGAUUUCGGCUGCCCUCCGACGACCGCCGCCCCCGCCAGCACGCCCGGGAGCACCACCCCCCCCGCCCGGCCCCCGCAGGUCUUCAGCACCCCGCCCGGGACCACCCCGCCCCCGGCCCUGCCCCCGCCUCCGCCCCCGCCCCUUCCCAGCGACUCCCCCUCCUCCGGGGAGACAGACGGGCUGCCGCCCCCACCCCCGGCGUCCCCCAGCAGCAGCGGCCCGGACGCCAUGUACCCCGGCCCCCACAUCUGCCCCUCCAACAUCUGCCUGAACGGGGGCACGUGUCGGCUGGGCGGCCAGGGCGAGCUGGAGUGCGCCUGCUCCCGCGGGACGUCCGGCACGUACUGCGAAACGCGCGAGGAGCUCCCGCCCCCGCCCCCGCCCCGCCAGGACCCGCCCCCCGUGGCCAUGGCGCCCGACCUGGGCUCCCGGCAGGUGACCAGCACCUCCAUCCUGCUCAACCUGCAGCGCUUCAUCCGGCGGCGGCCGUACCUGCGCGGGAUCCGGCUGACCUACCGCAACCUGUCGGGCCCCGACCGGCGGCCCGUGGAGCUCAGCGUGCCCGCCUCCUACCCCGAGUACACGCUGCGCGGCCUGAGGCCCAACUGCACCUACUCCAUCUGCGCGGGCCCCCUGGGCGGGGCCGCGGGGGCCGACCGCUCCUGCACCGAGGCCCGGACGGCCGCCGGCCCCGACCCCACGGCCGCGCCCCGGACCCCCGGGGCCACGCCGCACCCGACCCCCGCCGCCCAGCUGGAGGACGGCCGGCUGGUGACCGCCCUGGCCCCCGCCCUGGCGGCCGCCGUCUUGGUCGCCCUGGCGCUGGCGGUUGUCGCGGCGACGGUGUACUACCUGAGGCGGCGACGCCGGACCAAGGGCGCCCACCCCGACCUGUGCUCCGACGACCCCGCCCCUCUGGAGAUGGAGGGGGUCAAGGCCGGCCUGGACAACGGGACCCUGCCCCAGAAGCCGCCCGAAACCAAGCCGGCCUCCCCCUGCCCCUGGAACGGGGAGUACGAGGUGCCGCUCAUGCAGACGCACUGUCCAGCCAAUAACAACCUGGCCUCGCUCAAGCCCUCCUACUUCUGACCGCAGAGGAACCUCCUCGCACCAGGGGGCGCUGUGUAGCUUCACCCUCUCCCUUUCCCUGGAGACACUGAGACACCACAGAGGGCACAAGGGAGAUGGGGCUUUGUAAACAAGCCAGUUAACAAUGGACAAAACAAAACAGAACUGAUUGAAACACAUUCAAGUGCAAUGCCCAGCAGAGGUCUUUUUUUUAAGGUAUAAAACUGAAGUGCCUUUGUUUGCAUAUAGCCGUGCCCAGUUUAUGUUUUAAUGUCCGUUUGUGAUUUGUUUUUGUUUAGUACUUUUAAAUAUGAACGAACCCAGCAGUCACUCUGUACUGGCACACGGUGGGGGCAUGUCUGUGAGCAUGCACAGGCCAGUGUCUGUCCUCUGGAGGGGUCAAAGGUCAAAGGUUACGUGUGGAGGAAAGGGUGAGGACGGUGCAGCAGGCUGAAUCCAAAUGUCCGCGCUCCAGACAGGUGGUCUCGGCCCUGGCGGACUUGGCGUCUCGCGUAACCGUGACGAUGACUGAAGUGCUCACCGCCAUUAUGCCGCAGAGUCCCCCAGAGCGCAGGGCUACGAGGGUAAAUGCGCUGAAGAAACUGGACUUCUGACCUCAGUCAUUGCUGUGGAAACAACCCCUCAUAAAUUUUGCAUGGGACGAAAAAAGAAAUCAGUGCCUGCAAAUAAGUUUUCCUUUCGGCUGUAUGAAUGAUGCAUUACACACAUCGGAAGAACUUCAGUUGUUCGGUUGUUUUUCCGCCAUGCUUCCGUUAUUAUUUAAACUUUUUUUUGGCCAGUGCUUCCUUCAAGGCUUUUAUAACGACGCGUCCUUAUUUCUCUGGCAUCCUGCUUUCCCCCUGGCGAAGUCCGGGGAAGUGCGCACCCAAACGGACGCUCUGGACAUAAGACCCCUUGUGGCCUUGGGCAGCCUAAGCCCUUCAGGACGGCACGCGAACGCACCCUUUAAACCCGCCGGUCUGACAGUGUGGGGAAAGACCGGACAUCUGGAUUCAGCCAGAGCAGGGUGGGUACUUGGGCGGGAGAACACGAGCACUCCCUGUGCAGCACUUGCACCGUUCCCCGGAUCCCGUGCACUGAACACAUUUAGUUCCUCUGGGGAAAACUUGCACUGAGAGGAGAAGAGGUCUUCCCCAUCGCUGGGCAUGAUGAAACGCAAAUGAAAAAAGGAAAGCGAACCCUCUUAGGAAUUAUUUUACUCGCUGUGAAAGAGAAAGAACCUGAAUGAAGAUACAGACUGAAAGACAAAGGCCUGGGUCGGAGCUCAGAGUAGCUUCAGAGCUUUAGAGCGAGGUCGCCUUUGCUUCUUUGUCACUUUGUUUUUUUAUUAUUAUUGUUAUUGCUGUUUAUUUUUUUACCGAUUUUUUUCUCUAAUUAUGUGACCCGACUGUUUUCCUUCUUCCCAUCCAAAAAUUAACACAGAUCCGAUGUCUUUUAAAACCUUUUUUUUUUUUUUUACUGACAAAGUUAACCUUACACCAGAAAGCUGUAAUUCCUGCCAGAUCAACAGAAAGUUGAAACCCAAAUUUGUCCCAAAAUAAAUAAUUUCCCUGCCUCUAUCCCAGCACAAAGGGCGAAUACACACACCGAUGAGCCGGUCUCCAGAACUGACCCGCACGGUUGACUGAACUCCCCUGGUUUCCCCCUCUCCUGUGCAGAAUCUUGCAGGCACAUACUUGCAGGGCCCAUGAAAGAGAAGAGGGGGAGAGGAUGAGAUUUCCCAAGCCCUCGAGCUGUUUACUGUUUGUGUCUGUGAGUGGAACGAGGUCACUUCCUGCCCUGAGUUUAACGGAAUGGCCCUACCUUGCAGUCGGAUUUGCUGCAGCGCGUGUUUGUCUUUUGUUUUGUUUCUCUACCCUGAAAGUGAUCUGCCUUCCUCUGGUUGUUGUCUUGCGCCAAAUCGCGCUCUUUGGGGGGAAAUUUGGGGAUUUGGGAUUUUGUUUUUGGUUACGCCUCCUUGCCACCGACCAA